UUACUCAGCUGGAAGUCUAAUUCCUCAUUGUACCUCUGUGUUCUUAAUGUAAUGAGUUUUAGUUUAGCCUCCGGCUACUUGCAGCUGUGUUUCAGUCGCUCGUCAUUCAUUUCUCGCAGGGAGAGCAGCUGGAUUUGGCUGCAGAUGUGCUGAAAGUCGAACUUUGGUUGCUAAAAAUUAUUUGCCAAAGUUUGAGGUGUAGUGUAGUCCAAACGUUCUCCAGCUCCGUCACUGACUAUAAAAUCUGCAUUUUGCAAGAUGGCUUCUGCAUGGGAAAGCGUGCUGUCUCUGCACCAGAAGAUAGUGGAGAAUGGAGACAAGAGGACUGACCCGUGGCUGCUGAUCUACUCGCCCAUCCCUGUGGCACUCAUCUUCCUGGUUUACCUCUGUGUGGUCUGGGCCGGCCCUCGUCUGAUGAAAGACAGGGAACCCGUUGACCUCAAAGUUGUUCUCAUUGUUUACAACUUCGCCAUGGUCGGCCUGUCUGCCUAUAUGUUCCAUGAGUUCCUGGUCACUUCAUGGCUCUCAAACUACAGCUACCUCUGUCAGUCUGUAGACUACAGCACCAGCCCACUGGCAGUGAGGAUGGCCAGAGUCUGCUGGUGGUUUUUCUUCUCCAAAGUCAUAGAGCUCAGCGACACGCUCUUUUUCAUCUUGAGGAAGAAGAACAGCCAGCUGACUUUCCUUCAUGUCUACCACCAUGGCACCAUGAUCUUCAACUGGUGGGCAGGUGUCAAGUAUGUGGCUGGAGGCCAGUCCUUUUUCAUCGGCCUGGUCAACACUUUCGUCCACAUUGUGAUGUAUUCUUACUACUGCCUGGCUGCGUUCGGCCCUCACAUGCAGAAGUACCUUUGGUGGAAGCGGUACCUCACCUCUCUGCAGCUGAUGCAGUUCAUGAUGUUUCUUCUGCACACGGGCUACAACCUGUUCACGGACUGCGACUUCCCCGACUCCAUGAACAUAGUGGUGUUUGGUUACUGCGUCACUCUUAUCAUCCUUUUCAGUAACUUCUAUUAUCAGAGCUACCUCACCAAGAAGAAGCAGAAAUAAAACGUGGAGAUGAUUUUUAUGCGCACAACCACACCAAGGCUUUGAGAGGCACUGACAUGACAUUGAGACAGGAGUGUUGUGUCAGCUGGAGGGAUUUUGUUUCCUGUGUAUGCAGUACUUACCUGGGUCCAUUGGAGGGCACAACAUGCCCACAGUCUGCAUGUUUUUCUCAUGGUGCUCAUCAUCACCUGUCAGAUAAGCUUUACAGUCAAAUUUGUUUACCGUUAUAUAAAUAUGUUAUAGACAUAUCAAUGUUUAUUUCCGGCAUUUUUUUGUAUUCGUCAUAUAGGUCAAACAAACAGUCAUUCAAUUAUUUAUUUCUUGAAAUGACAAACAAAUUAUUGUUGUAAACAAACUGUACAUUUUAUACAUAUAAUAAUAUUAUAAUAAUAACAAUAAAGUAGGUUGGUUUCUCUGCAUUAUUGCAGAAUUUAUGAGCCCAAACCCUCCUCCAGAGAUAAAUCCAAAAGCAAAAAAAACCCAACAAAAAACACUUAACAAAAUACAGAAAUGCAAACAAAUUUUUUCCACUGUUAAAACAACACAGCAAAAUGAUAUAUUCGUCUCUACACUUCAGUCUGAAAUAGAUUGAAAGAUGUAGAUUGGAGAGAGAGAAAAAAAACAUGAGGAUGGAGAGGACGUUUCAUUUGAAGUCCAUUCAGAAGUUUUUUAGCAUUUAACAUUUAUAUAUUAAAGCUGAAAAACUACGUGUGUAAACUUGGUCUGAUUGUACUGUACGUGUGCAAGUCUUAGCACCAAUGUAAUGAAGUCAAUCAUUGUACAUGAUUUGGAGUUGGCCAACAAAAGUGAUUCUGAAUCUGAGAAAGAAAGCCUGUGGAUAUUUUCAAAGAUCGUCAUUCUUCAGCUCCCUCGUCACUAAAAAUAAGGCUGGA